UGAAGGCCAAAAAUAAUAAUCACCAGGGUCUCAGUGGGGACUGUGGCAGCACCGAUGCUCUCUGCAAACAGGUUUGCACCUUUGCCCGUCAACAAGACGUGGGACGUCUGAGAUUGUCCAAAGCAAGCAAACGUUAAGAUCCAGAACCUAGAACUUGAAGAGGCACCUUGGAUGAGGGACCAAGCAUCUUGAAGAUUGAAGAGAACUCUACAAGCUCAGCUGUCUUUGUUUCAGCUUUAAAUUUUGAAUAUAUGCUGUCAUCACGUGUAUUUCUUCUGUUUUGAAGCUACAUACCUUUAUAGUUACUGCACAUUAAUCUCAAAAGGUUUUCGGAUCUUCCUCUUUUUCAUUAUUGAACACAGAGUGUGAAAAACUUUUUUUUUUUAAAGAAAGAAUGAAACAAACAGAAUCUGUUUAUAGCAGAGGCAGAUGUCAGCUCCGACCAAGUGCAACCUCUUGGCUACUUUUUCCCUCCAUCUCAUUCCCUCCAUGAAUAUUGCCCAAUUGGUAUGCGCCCAGCAGGGAUCCUCUUGGUUUUUCAGUAUUGCCAGUCCCAGUACAUGGCCAAUAAUGAUGCUGAGGGGCGGGGAGCAGCGCGGUCUGCAGACACAGUGAGUCUGAGCGUCUGGCGGGGAGCCGAGUACAGGCAGCAGGCAGCGGCGUGGCAGAGAUGGGCUCACACCUCUGAAUCACAACUCAGCCUCCAGUCAAGAAUCUCGGAGAUCUAGUCUUUUUUGUUUCUCGUUUAUUUAUUUAUUUAUUUUUUUAUGGGGGGGAAGUGCUUGUGUUGCUCAUCAAGGACCGACAGAGUACAGCUUCCAGAAAGCAGGAGCGGGAAGGUUCAUAGUUGCAUUCCAGCGCGCAGCACUCCUGUCGUCUCACCUGCACCGCCGGUGGUGAAGAGGUCCGCCGUGGCAAUAAUGCAUCCAGAUAAGUACUUACCUGAACUGGUGGCCGAGAAAAACAGCUUGGAUCCCUCCUUUGUGCACGCCGUGCGCCUCAUUGCAGAAGAAAUUGAGAAGUACGAAGGCGACGAACUGAGAAAAGAUGGAGACACGAAGAAAUACCUAGACAUUAUCAGCAAUAAAAAUAUCAAGCUCUCCGAAAGAGUUCUCAUUCCAGUUCAGCAGUAUCCAAAGUUUAAUUUCGUCGGGAAGCUGCUCGGACCGCGGGGAAAUUCUAUGAAACGGUUACAAGAAGAGACAGGAGUGAAGAUGUCCAUCCUUGGCAAAGGGUCCAUGAGGGAUAAAGGCAAGGAAGAAGAAUUACGGAAAAGUGGGGAGGCUAAGUACGCCCACCUGAGUAAUGAUCUACACGUUUUAAUUGAGGUGUUUGCGCCACCUGGAGAGGCCUAUUCCCGAAUGAGUCACGCCUUGGAGGAGAUUAAAAAAUUCCUAGUUCCAGACUACAACGACGAGAUCAGACAAGAGCAACUGAGAGAGCUGUCCCUGCUGAACGGCUCUGAGGAGUCGAGCAGAGGGAGGAGCGCACAGGGGCGGAGCAUACGGCUCGGGGCCACGAUAUCCACGAGAGGUCACAGAGGUGCAGGAAGGAGUGCGGCAGCAGCAGCACCUCGGGGGACAGCGACAACGGCGCACAGCAAACUUCCAGCGACAGUCUUGACGAGGGAGGUACAAGCUCCGAGAGCGAGGGGGGCGUCAGCGGGCGCUGGCUACAGGCCCCCGCUGUUGGCAGUCACACACGAAACAUACGAGGACUAUGGCUACGAUGAUGGAUAUGGUGGAGAAUAUGAUGACGAGAGUUACGAAGCCUAUGAGGAUAAUUACAGCAAUCAGUCAAAGAGCAUUUCAGAGUACUACGAAUACGGACACGGACCCAGCGAUGAAUCCUACAACAGUUAUGAGGAGGAGUGGGCGACUACCCGACCCAGCCUCAAAGCCCCUGUUUUACGGCUGACAAGAGGGGGCUACAGAAAACAUCCCUACGGCAGAUACUGAAGGUGCUCCAGAUACGUGACAUCCCAGUUCCCAACUUUUUCUUUUUUUUCUCUUUGACAUCUUGAAAAUAACCCACAAAAAAAGAAAAUAAACAUUAAGCAUAUAAAUCCAAACAUAAUUGCAGUAUGUUCUCAUUUGGAUUGAGUCUUUUUUUCUUUUAAACAUUCGAGGGAAAUAGACAUUUAACGUGCUCCUCCACAUGUGGGGAGGUUGUGUUUAACUUUGCUGUUCAAAUUCCCUUCGUUCCGCCUCUGUCACCACCCCCUCAAAACGCCACUUAUUUCAGGUUUUUGACAUUAAACAUGAGAUGUGUAGGUCUACGAUUGUGAUCAAGUGGUUUCCAUUUAUUGUCUGUGAUGGGACGAUCAUUAAAGAUCAUUAAAGUAAAGCUCAAAGACAUGCUUAUUAACUCAACAAGUCACAGGAUACUAAAGAAUAAUUGACCUUCCUCCAUAAUUAUGCAAUCAACCCUGGUUUGGUUUAAAGCUGAGCGUAGUGGAAGGAGUCUGUUACCGUGGUGAGAGGCUGGCAGCUCUGCAGCUCUUCAUCUAACAGCUCACUGUAGUCGCUCCUUCUUCUUCCAUUACUCUUUGCAGCAUUUCCAACUGAUCUGCUCUAACAAAAUGCUAAAAAGAAAAUAGCAACAGACACUCACUUCAUAAUAACGCUAAUUAAUAUUCCCUCGUUCAGUGAUAAAUCGAAACUCUUCUUUCAAUGAGAGUCUUUGAGAUUGCCACUUUAGGGUUUACUAGUCAAACUUUGGCUGCACACUGCACCAGAUGAGGCAAUCACAGCCUCUAAUUGAUUUGACGGAGAGACUAUAAUAGCUGCGUUAUCUUUCACAACUUGCUUGAAAUGUUGUCAGAGCGAGGAGAGGAGGCAAAAACUUCAGACAUGUUAGUCUUUUGUUUGGCUGUGAAACAUCUCAUCGUGGUAUUGUCGUCUAUUGUGACACACCAACAGACACGUAAAAUGAGCACCGCACCGAGAAUAGGUUUACCGGGAAAGUGCGAAAAUAGUUUCUCCAGGGUGAAAUUACUUUUGCACUUUUUGCAAGUUUUAAAUAGUUAUUCAAACCCUAUUGUCACUUUUUCCAAAUUCGAAAAAGUGGCCUCUAAACCCCGCAUGACAAAUGUGAUUCUCCCUUCAAAUUUAAAAACUAUUUUUUGAACCCUCAACCUUUCUCCAUUGUGUGUGAAAUUGUGAGAUUAAGGCUAACUUAAAAAUACAUCCGAGGCAGUUUUGGUGUUAAUUUGUCUCUUACUGAUCUGUUCACGUACAAAUUAUUUUUUAUUCUAAAAACACGCAGCCAGAGAACCGCACACGCACCACAACUAACAUGAUAAACUCCAUUAAAUUCAACAAAUGGAAGCCAAUCCUUGAAGAUGAGUGUUUAAAUGAGCUAAACCUUUCUGUUAAUAAUGUUUAAUGUUAAGAAUCUAAAUCAAUCCAGAAAUCUCCCCGCAGCUGAUUUCUAUAUCUAACUGAGUUAAUACCACGUGAGGGGAAAAAAAAAAAAAUCCCUCUAGGUUAUAUUGUGAUUUUAAAUGAUACAAAAUGUGACAUCGUGAUCGUGCAAAACACUUUCUUUUUGUCUGAGUUGAAAGCAGUCGACGAUGUACAGUGUGUAAUUUCUAAUGCGUGCUUUGUUCUGUGUGUACCCUGUCUUUGUACAUAAAGCAUUUAAUAAAUACGGCAUAAACCUCAA